CCCCCGGUUCUCGUGGGCGGAGUUUCGAAGGGGCGGGCGCCCGUGGGGCGGGUCCUGAGUGUGGGCGGGGUCGGGGCCGGCACCUGGGUGAGGUCGCGCAGCCCCGCCCCCUCGCACUUCCGUGUGCCGCGGCGCCAGAGCAGGAGGCGGCGGCCGCGGGAUCCCGCGAGCGGCCCCCGGACUUCUACCCUCGGUGCCGGGACCCUGCCGGUCCCCACUGGCCGCCGGGCCAAUUCUCACCAGGCUGGUGCUGACCUCCCCGUCCACGCGCAUCGGGGAAAGCCGCGCCGCGAGACAGACCCCGGUCCUCCGGGACCCCUGGCGCCUGGCCCUGCGUCGGGAGGCUUCACCAUGGCGCCAUUCCUGCGCAUCUCCUUCAACUCGUAUGAGCUGGGCUCGCUGCAGACAGAGGAUGAGGCAAGCCAGCCUUUCUGUGCUGUGAAGAUGAAGGAGGCACUCAGCACAGAGCGAGGGAAGACCUUGGUACAGAAGAAGCCCACCAUGUAUCCUGAGUGGAAGUCAACAUUCGAUGCCCACAUCUACGAGGGCCGUGUCAUCCAGAUUGUGCUGAUGAGGGCAGCUGAAGACCCACUGUCUGAGGUGACCGUGGGCGUGUCAGUACUGGCUGAGCGCUGCAAGAAGAACAAUGGCAAGGCGGAGUUCUGGCUGGACCUGCAGCCUCAGGCCAAGGUGCUGAUGUCUGUGCAGUAUUUCCUGGAGGAUGGGGAUUGCAAACAGUCUAUGCGUAGUGAAGAGGAGGCCAAGUUCCCAACCAUGAACCGCCGUGGAGCCAUUAAACAGGCCAAAAUCCACUACAUUAAGAACCACGAAUUCAUUGCCACCUUCUUUGGGCAACCCACCUUCUGCUCUGUGUGUAAAGAAUUUGUCUGGGGCCUCAACAAGCAAGGCUACAAAUGCAGACAAUGCAACGCUGCCAUCCACAAGAAAUGCAUUGACAAGAUCAUCGGCCGCUGCACUGGCACUGCUGCCAAUAGCCGGGACACCAUCUUCCAGAAAGAACGCUUCAACAUUGACAUGCCACACCGGUUCAAGGUUUACAACUACAUGAGCCCCACCUUCUGUGACCACUGUGGCAGCUUGCUCUGGGGACUGGUGAAGCAGGGGUUAAAGUGUGAAGAUUGUGGCAUGAAUGUGCACCAUAAGUGCCGAGAGAAGGUGGCCAACUUGUGUGGCAUCAACCAGAAGCUCUUGGCUGAGGCCUUGAACCAAGUGAGCCAGAGAUCUUCACGGAAGCUGGAUUCAGGACCAUCAGAGACUGUUGGAAUAUACCAGGGAUUUGAGAAGAAGACAGGAGUCUCUGGAGAUGAUUCCCUAGACAACAAUGGGACCUAUGGCAAGAUCUGGGAGGGUAGCACCCGCUGCAACAUUGAUAACUUCACGUUCCACAAAGUGCUGGGCAAAGGCAGCUUUGGCAAGGUCCUGCUUGCAGAGCUAAAGGGCAAAGACCAAUACUUCGCCAUCAAAUGCCUGAAGAAGGAUGUGGUGUUGAUCGACGAUGAUGUGGAGUGCACCAUGGUGGAGAAGCGGGUGCUGGCGCUCGCCUGGGAGAAUCCCUUCCUCACCCACCUCAUCUGUACCUUCCAGACCAAGGACCACCUGUUCUUCGUGAUGGAGUUCCUCAAUGGGGGUGACCUGAUGUACCACAUUCAGGACAAAGGCCGCUUCGAACUCUACCGUGCUACGUUUUAUGCGGCCGAGAUCAUCUGUGGGCUACAGUUUCUACACAGCAAAGGCGUCAUUUACAGGGACCUCAAGCUGGACAAUGUGAUGCUGGACCGAGAUGGCCACAUCAAGAUAGCUGAUUUUGGGAUGUGCAAAGAGAAUAUAUUUGGGGAGAACCGGGCCAGCACCUUCUGUGGCACCCCUGACUACAUUGCCCCUGAAAUCCUGCAGGGCCUGAAGUACACAUUCUCUGUGGACUGGUGGUCCUUUGGGGUCCUUCUCUAUGAGAUGCUCAUUGGUCAGUCGCCCUUCCAUGGUGAUGAUGAGGAUGAACUCUUUGAGUCCAUCCGGGUGGACACACCACACUAUCCCCGCUGGAUCACCAAGGAAUCCAAGGACAUCAUGGAGAAGCUGUUCGAGAGGGAGCCAGUCAAGAGGCUGGGAGUGACAGGAAACAUCAGACUUCAUCCCUUUUUCAAGACUAUCAACUGGGUCCUGCUGGAGAAGAGGAAGGUGGAGCCACCCUUCAAGCCCAAAGUGAAAUCCCCCGCAGACUACAGCAACUUUGACCAAGAGUUCCUGAGUGAGAAACCCCGCCUUUCCUACAGUGAUAAGAACCUCAUUGACUCCAUGGACCAGGCAGCCUUCCGUGGCUUCUCCUUCGUAAACCCCAAGUUUGAGCAACUCCUGGACAAGUGAGCUCCCCGACCUGCUUUACACGCCAGUAGAGCAGGCCAGUCUGCCCUAGUUCCGCAUCCGCAUGCCCGUGGACAGCCACGGGUGACUGGGUGUUUGCUGCUGCUGCCUCCUCACCUCAGAGGGUUCGGCUCUUGUUGCCUGGGCUCCCAGUACUCCUUCUGUGAACUGUUUGUGAAUUUGCUUUCCCUUUGCCAUCCGAGGGAAACUGUAAAUCCUGUGUUUCAUUACUUGAAUGUAGUUAUUGAAAUAUAUAUUAUAUAUAUGCACAUAUAUAUAAUAAGCUGUAUAUAUUGCUUAGUAUAGAAAGCAUGUAGGGGACUGGUAAUGUGUUGACUUUUUUUAAAAAAAUAAAAAGCAUGUAUGUGUAUGUAUAUGAUUAUAUACAUACUUAUACAUAUAUAUGUAUGUGUAUAUAUAUGUGACCAAAGGAAAAAGCACAAGCUGUCUGAACCACAAGGUUCUUUUAUGUGUAUCUAAAUAAACAUUGAAUGGUACCAACCUGGCUGUGGGGACAUUUAUGUCCCAGGAAGCUGGUGGCAGGUGCUCCUGUCACUUUUAACUGCAGUCACAGACCCCUGAGUCUUCAUGCAAAUAUGUUUGUAUUUAGGGGUUUCCUUAUUCUCGAGGGCCGUGGGACUGCAGGAGCCCCAGAUGUCUCUGUGGGGUGAUGGUAGGAGGUGAGACUGGACAGAGAGGGUCAGCCCAGAAGUUGAGAGAAGCGGAAAGCCAGGUCUGAAAACUGGAGCCAAGGCUCUGAGUUGGGAGUCUCAGGGCUGGAAUACGUGCAUAGCGUGCAAUAGAACUCUGGCUUCCAGCUGGCGCUCGAUCACCGCUCAUGCACACACACUGUUAGUAGAGCACUUGCAAACAUGCAUGAAGCCUCAUCCGCAGCAGUGCAUAAACUCCACCUUUGGGAGGGGGAAGCAGGAAGAUCAGGACUUCGGGUUCAUUCUCAGCCACAUAGUGAGUUUCAAGGCCAGUCUGGGCUAUAAGAAACCCUGUCUCAAAAAUAAUAAUUUUAAAAAGAUUUAGAGGCUGCCCCCUGAUUAGGCAGGAAGACAAAGAAAGGAAAAAGCUUUUAAGUAUAUCUGGAUUCAAAUCCCAAAAUAGCUAUUCAUCAAAGAUCAUGACCCUUCAUUGUUUUAAGCCUCAAUUUCUUUAUCUGUGAAAUGGGAUCAGGUCUCUUUUUGAGACAGGGUCUCUCUGUGUAGUCCUGACUGUCCUCAAGCUCGCUAUGUAGACCAGGCUGGCCUCAAACUCAGAGAUCCACCUGCCUCUGCCUCCCGAGUGCUGCUAUUAAAG